UGUUAGAUUUGAUUAAUUUAUGGACAGACGUCUAGAAACCGCACACAAUGGCCUACGAAGGAAAAGUUUACACGUUCGAUAGCCAGGAGAACUUCGACGAGUAUCUCAGGCAUAUGGGUGUCACUGAUGAGGAGGUGAUUAAGAAAUACGCGACAUACAAGUCCACCGCCCAGUUGAAGAAGGAGGGAAACAAGUACAGAUACAUCACUAGGUCCAGUGAGGGCAACAAUGAAGUCGUGUUCGAGUCUGGAGUAGAGGUCGAGGAUGUAGGCCUGGGUGGUGUUCCGGUCAAGUGCGUGUACACAGUCGACGGUAACACAGUGACACAAGUUGGUAACACCAGUAAAGGACUUGGCACCGCAAAGAGAGAAUUCACUGAAGACCUCCUCAAAAUGACCUUGACCUCGGAAACGUGGGACGGCGUCGCAUACAGAUACUACAAGGCUUAAUUGUUAUGUAAUUUAGUGAAUUUUAUGAUAAAUAUAUAAUUUUAUAAGCCAUUUA